CGUCGGUCUACUUUGACCCGUGGAAAUGGCGACGACUGGGGGGAACGAAGGAUGCUGCGAAUGCGACCAUGACCGGCAUGAUAAGUACUGGGGUUUGUCCUUUCGACAGCCCACUCGGUACUUACUUGUUGCUGCCUGCUUUGCUACUACCUAGCAACGGCUAGAGAGUUGGGGAGAAAAGCAUUAUGGCGGAAGGUCCAGGACCAGCACCAAAGCAACAGGAGGACACGCCUCACCUUCACGGCGACAUGACCCAGUCACCAGUCACAAACACUGAUGGUGGUGAUGCGACUAAACCUACCGCAACUCAACCCGACCAUGUUGAGAAUGUUGCAGCAGCAACAACAAAGCGUAUAGCAGAUGCCGGCGUCAUCGAGAAUAAUGACGACACAAACGCACCCCAAGCUAGCUCACCCACCCCAGCACCGGAAACUGCAAAGAAAUCGCUCUGGUGGGCGUGGGUGUACAUGUUCGACUGGUACCCCAAGCACUACCCAGAGGAAGAACGCAAGUUCCUCCGCAAGCUCGACUGUUUCCUGCUGACCUUUACCUGCAUCGCCUUCUUCCUCAAGUGGCUGGACCAGAGCAACAUCAACAACGCCUACGUGUCGGGCAUGAAGGAAGAGCUCGGGCUGUACGGCAACGAAUACUCGCUGUUUGGCGCCUUUUACAACGUCGGCUACAUCAUCUGCCAGGUGCCCGCCAUGCUGAUCCUGUCGCGGCCCAAACUGUCCCGCUACUUCCUCCCGACCAUGGAGGUGCUGUGGAGCAUCCUCACCUUUGCGCAGUCCAGACUGCGGUCGGCGGCCGACAUCUACGGCACCCGGUUCCUUCUGGGUCUGCUCGAAACGCCCGUCGCUUCCGGUUCGCUCUUCAUCAUGAGCAGCUGGUACAAGCCCGAGGAGCUGUUCAAGCGCACGGGCGUGUGGUACGUCAGCAACAACAUCGGCGUCAUCAUGGGAGGGUACCUGCAGGCGGCGGCCUACACCAACCUCAACGGCGUCGGGGGGAUGUCGGGCUGGAGGUGGCUGUUUGUCAUUGACGGCUGCAUCUCCCUGCCGCUCUCGGUGCUGGGCUUUUUCAUCUUCCCCGGCAUGCCCACCAGCAGCAGGCCCUGGUGGAUGACCGAGGAGCAGCACGCCAUGGGCCAGAGGAGGAUGCGUGACGUCGGCGUCGAGGAGCCCAGGAGGCUGUCGGUCAAGACGUUCAAGACGCUGCUGGCGAACAGGAGGUGGCAGUGGUACGGACUCGGGGUGCUGGCGUACGUUUUGUUCCUGUCGAGCAGCUACCCGCACGGCCAGAUGGCGCUGUGGCUCAAGGACCAGGCCGCCAAGCAUGGCACGUACACGGUGCCGCAGAUCAACACCAUCCCGACUGGGGCGCAGGGUGUGUCGGUCGUCACGGCAGUGUUGGCUACGUCGCUGUGCAUGGUGUAUCCGACGUGGGCUGUUUUUACCGCCGUGCAGUGUUUAUUUUUGUUUGCCAAUAUCUUGUUGAUGGUUUGGUAUAUUCCCGACGGGCUGAAAUUCUUUGCCUACUACCUCCUUGGCAUCAGCGCAGCAGUCACGCCAAUCCUGGUACCGACUGUGAAUUACUGGCUCAAAGACAGCGCAGAGGCCCGCGCAGUCUGCACAGGGUCCAUGCUGACAUUCGGCUUCGCCAUCCAAUCCUUCUACCCCAUCACCGUAUUCCCGGUCGUCGAGGCGCCACAGUGGAAGAAGGGCUACAUUGUCAACUUUUGCUUCAUCUUGGGCUGCUGGGCUUCACUAUGCACCGGGUUUUAUCUGUAUAAUCGCCAUCAGAAGAGCUUAGAGGCGCUGCGUGAGGCGGAUCGGGAGGCAGACAAGGUUAAGGGUGAUGAAGAUUAAAAACGGAGAAAGUGUGUUUGGGUGGUUACCUUGAUAUCGUUCGUCGAGUCCCUGGAGAUGUGAAUAAUAUGGUUCCAGUCAUGGCGGGUGGCGAGCGGGCUGUCGUGUAGUAUCGGAUUUGGGAAUUAUGCCAGAGGUGUAUACCUGCCUGCCUGCCUGCCUGCCUAGCUACCUAUCUACCCACCUGCAUAAUGCUCACUCUUCGGUCCAUCUUGACCCGGCGGCAAAUACUCAAUGUCAUGUUGCAGGCGGGGUCAGAGGAGCAGUAGCAUGAGGAGUGCAUAUAUCUCCAAAAAAUAGACCCCGCACGGCAACCCUCCGA